AGGGAGGCGGAGGUGAGGCGGCUGCCGGGGUGGGUGUGUUCCUCCGCCGCAGUUUUCCGCCGCUUCUAAACGGCGCGCCUCCCGGCUCGGGACUGUGGACGGCACUCUGGCGUGGCAGCGCUCCGGGGGAGAAGCGCAGCCGGGGCUUGCAUGCCGUGCCGGGCUGGCCCCUGCUCUGGGGAGGGCCCCGCCGCCCCCUCCGACCCGAGACCGGCUGGCCAGGCCGCCUCCAGCCCGCAGCAGCAGCAGCAGCAGGAGCAGCAGGUGACCCUUCCCGCCGCGCCGCCGUCGGGUCGCGAUGCUCUGACCUCCCAUGGCCGCCCCGCUCGGCCCGGCUCUCGGCUCCGCAGCGCCUCUCCCAGCGGCCGGCCCCUCGCAGCCGCUCGCCGGCCCUGAUCCCAGCCCCAGCGGGCUCUGAGCGCCUCCCCGGCCGGCCGGCCGUCGCCCCAUGGACGUGGCCGCGGGUCCCGAGUCGCUGGAAAGGUGCUUCAGCCGGGGGGGCCCCGCCGACUGCGCCAAGAUGCUGGACGGGAUUAAAAUGGAGGAUCACCCGCUGCGAUCGGGUCCCGCCACCUUAGGGGUUUUACUGGGGUCCGAGUGCCAACACCAGGCCGUCUGCGAGGGCUGCCAGCGGCCCAUCUCGGACCGCUUCCUGAUGCGCGUCAACGAGUCGUCCUGGCACGAAGAGUGUCUGCAGUGCGCCGCGUGUCAACAGGCUCUCACGACCAGCUGCUAUUUCCGGGAUCGCAAGCUCUAUUGCAAGCAAGACUACCAACAAUUGUUUGCUGCAAAAUGCAGUGGCUGCAUGGAAAAGAUUGCCCCAACAGAGUUUGUGAUGAGGGCUCUGGAGUGCGUUUAUCACCUGAGCUGCUUCUGCUGCUGCGUCUGCGAACGGCAGUUGAGGAAAGGCGAUGAAUUCGUUCUGAAGGAAGGGCAACUGCUCUGCAAAAGCGAUUACGAAAAGGAGAAAGACUUGCUGAGCUCUGUCAGUCCAGAUGACUCCGAUUCAGUGAAAAGUGAUGAUGAGGAUGGAGACGUCAAGCCCACCAAAGGACAAGCAAACCCAGGGAAGGGGGGCGAUGACGCAAAGGAUCCGAGGAGGCCAAAGCGGCCGCGGACGAUACUGACGACACAACAGAGAAGAGCUUUCAAAGCCUCCUUUGAAGUGUCUUCCAAGCCAUGCAGGAAGGUUAGGGAGACGCUAGCAGCUGAAACAGGCCUUAGUGUUCGUGUUGUCCAGGUGUGGUUUCAGAAUCAAAGAGCAAAGAUGAAGAAAUUGGCCCGACGACAUCAGCAGCAGCAGGAGCAGCAGAAUUCUCAGCGAUUAGGUCAAGAAGUAAUGUCCAACCGAAUGGAAGGGAUGAUGACAUCCUACACGCCGCUAGCACCACCGCAGCAGCAGAUCGUAGCGAUGGAUCAAAGCAACUAUGCCACUGACCCCUUCCAGCAAGGUCUCACCCCACCACAAAUGCCAGGUGACCACAUGAACCCCUAUGGAAAUGACUCCAUUUUUCAUGACAUCGACAGUGAUACCUCUUUAACUAGCUUGAGCGACUGUUUCCUGGCCUCCUCGGAAGUUAACUCCAUGCAGGCUAGGGUAGGGAACCCUAUUGACAGGCUGUACUCUAUGCAGAGUUCCUAUUUUGCCUCAUGAAAUUCAAAGAAGAAAACAAAAACGAAAAGGAAGCUGAUAUUUGCAACUUACAUUUUCCCCUGAUUCCCAGCUCAGACACUUAACAGCCAUAUUUUCCUCUGCUCAUCCUUCCGGCACUGUGAUGAUAGAAGCAUUUGGUUAAGGACGAAUGUACUCAAAUAAUCUUCUCCAACAAUGCAAAACAGUUACCUGUCACCCUCAACAACUACACCACUGGCAUCAGGCCGAAGAGGAAAACAGGGAAGGGGUGAAACCAUCUACUCCACAGAGCCCCAGACGUCAACCGCUGCCAUUAUGGUUUCUGUGUCGCCAUCAUCCAAGAGCCUUGCUGUUGGAGCUUUGCCAAAUGCACAGGAAGUUAUUUUGUGGAUUGGCCAAUGUGACUGAAUUGAUUGGGAAACCUGGAGAGAGCCUCUUACCCCUCAUUUCUACUGCAUGUUUUCACCUUUAGUUGUGGACCGCCGGCCCUCAGAACUGUGAGAUAUUUUAAUGUAAAUGUGAUUCCUGAGUAAUCAUUCCCUCUCAGUACUUUUUCUUUCCAUAAAACCCUAGCUCAUUAGUUAAUACCCCCUUGUUCUGUGUGAAAUGUGGGAGGGAGAGGGAAGAAUCUGGUCAACCGUCAGAUUUGUGGAGAAAAAAAAGCAAUGUAAUAAUAAUACAAAGGUGCAUAAGAGGGACAGAUGCAUUUUGUUUAGUAGUCAUUUUUGAAAAAACUGCAGAAAGAAUUGAACAAAAGGUCUUUCUGAGGCACAAACUUUCAUAUCACUUCUUUAGCUAACGGAGAAUGAGUACAAUGUGUUAACUUUUGAAGUAAAUUCAGUUGGAUAUUUCAGUACAUUAACAUGCUCCAUUUUGCACCCCUGAUUGGCAAUCAUCUGUUAAGAAUUCCUUUCUGUUUAUAUUUCUGACAGAAAUUUACUCAACUCCAUUGCCACAAGCUGAAUUAAUUAGAAAUGGCUCUUAUUCAUUUUCCCUUUCCUCUGGGAGAAAAAUUCAUCUUGAACCUAGCAGGCUGCCCCAAAUAUCAAUCAGGUAGCUGCCACAAGCAAGAUCAGCCCUGAGUUUAAACUUAUAUGGAGUCCCUCCCAGAAGUGUUUCAGUUGGUCCAGAGUUGCAUGAACUAGUAACUACCUGAAAGUGGUUCAUUAGCUGCAUCAAUGGGGAAACAAGCCCAAAUAUACUAUUCUAAAUCAAAACUAAGGUCGUUUCCCCACUUACCUGAGUGAGUGGUUGCUGCGCGCUACUCCCAGUGCGCUGCUUUGAUUAAGCGUGCCCGGGCUUCCUUACUCAAUUCUGCGCCAAGUGCUGUCGCGCUUAUCCCUAGAAUGGGAGGAAUAAAUUCUCGCCACCCCGCGCUACUUGGGGAGAGUAGCACGCAGCAGCAGGUAAGUGGGGAAACGUUCUAAAGGUGGUUUUGGAAGUCCAAAAGUUAUAUAAAUUCUUCUUAAUCAUAGUACCUUCAUAAGUACUGGAAAAUAGCAAUGAGCACUAUUGGCUAGGUAAAAGCUAUCAGUUAGUGAGCUGAAUCCUGGGUAAGAAUAUGGGGUGUGUAUCAGGUCCAGCAGUGUGUCUCCAGCAACGAGCAGCCAAAUGCCAUGUGAAAUCCACAGGUAUGACUUGGUGUCAUUAGCUAGAAUACUUUGCUUGAAUUUAGCAUCCAAGAAUCAGAGGCCCCUUCCGCACACGCAAAAUAAUGCGUUUUCAAACCACUUUCACAACUGUUUGCAAGUGGAUUUUGCCAUUCCGCACAGCUUCAAAGAGCACUGAAAGCAGUGUGAAAGUGCAUUAUUCUGCAUGUGCGGAAUGAGCCAGAGAGUCACUGAUUUCAGGCAACAGACUAUAUUUGGUUAUAACAACAAACCAAAGUUUGUCAUCAGACAAGAGACACACUGUGGUAUGUCACCAGCCAAGAAGUCUACAGUUCUUUUGCUGCAUACGACGGGAUGUGGGAGAGGAAGAGAAGGUGAUAUAGACCAAGGUCCUCCAAUUCUUAUUCCUGUGAUGACUAACCACAUUUUUAAGUUUGAGUGCAGCCUCAUUCUUGAAAAGUAGCCUUGUUAGCGUAUUGAAGUGAAAACAGCCGUCAAAUGACACCUUGCAGACUUACGGAGUUUCUUGUGACAUGAACUUCCAUAGAAACACCAUACUCCACAGUCUCAUUAGUGUCAUUGCUAAAUAUCCAUUAAUAGCUUUUUCCUCCAUCAAAUUUGUCCAAUUUUUAAUAAAGUCCUCUAAAUUAUUGGCCAUUUUCAUGAGUUAUAAUCAUGAAUUCCACAAGAGAAUGGUCUAUUGUGUGAACAAUUGCAACCUGGCCAAACUGGCAGUGGAAAUAUUCCAUAGAGGAGCCUCUUCAGAAGCAAAGUUUUCACCAAAUGUGGUCUACAGCAAAAUUCACAGCAAAUUUUUUCCUCAGGUAAAAUAUUUGUAGGUAUUUCAAGAAAAAAUUUAGAAUUAGUGAGUAGAACACUUGUAGGACAGAGUUUUGUACACUGAUCUCCUGCUGAACUUGCCACAUAAUAAUCAGAAAGUUUCUCGUAAUUCUGAUGAAUCGAGGGUUGACUGUCAGUCCAAAUCUGAACACCAAUGGAAUUUGUCUGUGUUCACUGAUCUCCACACCCGCCUCCUGGUGGCUAUGUACAAUUUUAACUAGAGGUGUGGUAGAAAGUUUGCCCACAGUUGUGCUUGUAAAGAAAAAGGAGCAAAAUGCAUUCAUCGGGUCGGACAUGCAGCCCAUAUUUUAGUAUGACAUCUUUUCUUCAAAUUGUACCCACAUUGCCUCGGCUAUGCCUGAGUAUGUGGUACUUUAUAAUCAAACUGCUUGGUUACAGAGUUUUACUACUUGUGAGAGGUCAUUCUGUGAAUUAAAAUAGACUAUCAGCCCAUGGACUACUGAAGCACAGAGUGUCCCCCCUCCCCAUGUUAGCCAUUCCCUGGCUGGCUAAAUAUUAACUUGGCCCAUCCAAUUUGAUAGGCUAGGUUCCAUUUCUUUCCCAACCCAUACUUCUUUUUCCACAUUCCCCACCCACCCAUCCAUCUCUGAGGUCAGUACCUCAGGCAGAACAAGGAGUAGGCUACGCUUCUGAAACUGGCUCUGCUCUGUGUUCCUCCAAAUUACAAAUUUAAGUGGAAGCUUCGGAAAACCGCACUUGUACAGCCCUGCCCAGAAUUCUGUUGUGUGUUUGUGUGGGGUUUUUUUUAACAUCACGUUGGGUGUGACAGAAUGUUGAAAAGGUAUGAUGGAAUGUCAGGAACAAGUUGAUAUACUGAACACACUGGGCUCUUCAUUAUUCUUACGGCCCCUUCCGCACAUGCAAAAUAAUGCGUUUUCAAACCACUUUCACAACUGUUUGCAAGUGGAUUUUGCCAUUCCACACA